UAUAAGAAGCUGACUCUCCCGACCCGCAGCAGCCUGACUUCAGCGCUCCGGUUCUGGGCCGUCUUCUCAUGGCCACCCGCGCCUCCAUGGAUCUCACCGCCAUCUACGAGAGCCUUCUGUCGCUGAGCCCUGACGUGCCAUCCGACCACGGAGGGACUGAGUCCAGCCCAGGAUGGGGUUCCUCGGGACUCUGGAGCCUGAGUUCAUCUAACUCCAACCCGUCUGGGGUCACCUCCCGCCUGCCUGGACGCUCCACCAGCCUGGUGGAGGGCCGCAGCUGUGGCUGGGUGCCUCCACCCCCUGGCUUCGCACCCCUGGCUCCCCGCCCCGGCCCUGAGCUGUCACCCUCACCCACGUCGCCUACUGCGACCCCCACCACUUCCUCCCGCUACAAGACUGAGCUAUGUCGGACCUUCUCUGAGAGUGGGCGCUGCCGCUACGGGGCCAAGUGCCAGUUUGCCCAUGGCCUGGGCGAGUUGCGCCAGGCCAGUCGCCACCCCAAGUACAAGACCGAACUCUGCCACAAGUUUUACCUCCAGGGCCGCUGCCCUUAUGGCUCACGCUGCCACUUCAUUCACAACCCCAGUGAAGACCUGGCUGCCCCCGGCCACCCCCACGUGUUGCGCCAGAGUAUCAGCUUCUCUGGCCUGCCCUCAGGCCGCCGAACCUCGCCUCCACCAACGGGUCUGGCAGGCCCUUCCCUGUCCUCGUGCUCUUUCUCGCCCUCCAGCUCCCCACCACCACCUGGGGACCUUCCACUUUCUCCCUCUGCCUUUUCUGCUGCCCCUGGGACCCCAGUGGCUCGAAGGGACCCCAACCCAACCUGUUGCCCCUCUUGCCGAAAGGCCACUCCUGGCAGCAUCUGGGGGCCCUUGGGUGGCCUGGCUCGGAGCCCCUCUGCACACUCCCUGGGAUCUGACCCUGAUGAAUAUGCCAGCAGCGGCAGCAGCCUGGGAGGAUCUGACUCACCUGUCUUUGAGGCAGGGGUUUUUGGGCCACCCCAACCACCAGCAGCCCCCCGGCGACUCCCCAUCUUCAACCGCAUCUCUGUUUCUGAGUGACAAAUGCCUGUCCAGUACAGAUCAGCUGGAUCUCAAGGGGAGCCACUUCUCUGCUGUGGGGACCUGGGGGGCUCAAUUUAAUCGGGUGGCCUCCUCCCCUCCCAAAAUGCAUUAACCCACUCCCCUGACCUCAUGCUGGGGCAGGUCCCCAGUGUGCAAGCUCAGUGUUCAUGGUGUUAGGGGAUGGAAUGUUUUCUGGGGUUCUUUAAAAAAAAAAAAACAAAUAUGUAGCAUAUUUGCGGAGGCAGUGAGCCUUCUACCCCAAUUUCUCCCCUGCCCAAAUCUGUCUCCUGGAAUCUUAUAUGCUGUGAAUAAUAGGGCCCCUCUGCCCCCUCCCAAUUUUUCCUAGACCGUGAGGUUCCAGUGUCUGGUGGUGACUAGAACCUCCCCUGAGGGGGAAUCCUGGUGCUCAAAUUUCCCUCCAAAAGCAAGUAGCCAAAGCCGUUGCCAAACCCCUCCCUCCAAUCAAUGGGCCCUUUAUUUAUGACGACUUUAUUUAUUCUAAUAAGAUUUUAUAGUAUUUAUAUAUAUUGGGUCGUCUGCUUCCCUUGUAUUUUUCCUCCUCCUUUUUGUAAUAUUGGAAACGAUGGUAUAAUUAUUAUGAGUAUACUAUAAUAAUAUAUUAAGUAAUAUAUAUUGUUACCUUCAAAGUCUAUUUUUGUGU